AGAAAGAAGGGCUGGAUAAGGUGGAAGACAACCAUAGAGUUCGGACUUCUCUCGCUUCCAGGGUAGAGCGGCCCCUAGAGUGGUGGGGUCAGCGGCUUGCAGAAGGGGGCUUGUAAGGGCGGGGGGUGGGGGUCUUUUUGACAACAGGCCGCCGGCGGGAUCAUGGCGACCAGGAACCCCCGUCCCACAGAACAUGACAGUGAUGAUGACUCUUAUGAAGUACUGGAUUUAACAGAGUAUGCAAGAAGACACCACUGGUGGAACCGUGUUUUUGGCCACAGCUCUGGACCUAUUGUAGAGAAAUAUUCUGUAGCUACUCAGAUUGUAAUGGGUGGAGUUACUGGAUGGUGUGCAGGAUUUUUAUUCCAGAAAGUUGGAAAACUUGCAGCAACUGCAGUGGGCGGUGGCUUUCUUCUCCUGCAGAUUGCCAGUCACAGUGGCUAUGUGCAAGUUGACUGGAAGAGAGUUGAAAAAGAUGUAAACAAAGCAAAAAGACAGAUUAAAAAAAGAGCAAAUAAAGCUGCACCUGAAAUCAAUACCAUCAUUGAAGAGUCAACAGAAUUUAUCAAACAGAAUAUAGUGGUAUCCAGCGGAUUUGUGGGAGGCUUCUUGCUAGGCCUGGCAUCUUAAGGACAUGA